UCCGUCGUAAUUUGUGUCCGUCUAUCCGUCUAUCUAUUCGCGCUUAUCUGAUUGUUUCCUUUCCAUAUUACGUAGGGCAAAGGACAAAGGAGCUAUCAUUGCAAGCGUAGAAAUCCCAUGAGCGGAGGAGGAGGAGUAGUAGUAACACAGUGAAAAUUACCCCCCACACACCAACACAUCGGGCCACAUACACAUUUCACAGCCACAUGUCAAGAAAAAUAAGAGAACCAUUGCUGAGGAGUUUGAAAAGCACAUAGUCAAUGAAAACAGAGACGGACGAUUGACUGGCACGCAGAAGAGUAUCAAAGUAUCUAUCUCUAACCAAACUCAUGUCUAGCUGGCUGCUCUCCUAAUAAUAUUUAUGGUUGUGCAGCAGUAGACCGUCUACGACCGACAACGACGACAUUAAAAAACCAAAUUCACUUUUUCUAGUCAGUCGUAGUUGCUGCUUCGGCCGUGUUUAACGUGUCAUAUUUUUGUUCGUCAAAUAAAAACGCUUUAACGCUUUGUGAAAGAAACAACAACAAACAAUAAACGCAAUCUUUGCACAAAAAAUACAACAAGCAAGAACGACAAGUGAAAAAAGUACAACGCAAAGUAAACAAUUUACGCUAAUUUUUAUUAAUACUAAAUCUCACCUUAAUAAGAGCUCUUCUUAACAAGUAAAUAAAAAAAAACAAACUACAAGAACAACAAAAAAUGGCUCAAAAAACCAGCGUUUGCAUUGUCGGAUCCGGCAACUGGGGCUCCGCUAUCGCCAAGAUUGUGGGUGCGAAUUGUGCCAACCUUCCUGAGUUCGAGGAGCGUGUCACUAUGUAUGUUUAUGAAGAAAUGAUCGAUGGCAAAAAAUUAACAGAAAUCAUUAACACCACCCAUGAGAAUGUUAAAUAUUUGCCUGGCCACAAAUUGCCCCCCAAUGUGAUUGCCGUACCCGAUCUUGUUGAGGCCGCUAAAGAUGCCGAUGUUUUGAUUUUCGUUGUGCCCCAUCAAUUCAUUCCCAAUUUCUGCAAACAACUCUUGGGCAAACUUAAGCCAAAUGCCAUAGCAAUCUCCUUAAUCAAGGGCUUCGAUAAGGCCGAAGGUGGUGGUAUUGAUUUAAUUUCCCAUAUUAUCACACGUCACCUGAAAGUUCCCUGUGCCGUAUUGAUGGGUGCCAAUUUGGCCAAUGAAGUGGCUGAGGGACAAUUCUGUGAGACCACCAUUGGUUGCCGUGAUGCCAAAUAUGCCAAAAUCCUGCGUGACCUCUUCCAAGCCAAUCACUUCCGUGUUGUGGUGGUGGAUGAUUCAGAUGCAGUGGAAAUUUGUGGUGCUUUGAAGAAUAUUGUGGCCAUGGGUGCUGGUUUCGUUGAUGGCCUAGGCUUGGGCGACAACACCAAGGCUGCUGUUAUCCGUUUGGGUCUGAUGGAAAUGAUUCGUUUCGUUGAAAUCAUGUAUCCCGGCGGCAAAUUGUCUACCUUCUUUGAAAGCUGUGGUGUUGCUGAUUUGAUUACCACCUGCUAUGGUGGCCGCAAUCGCAAAGUUGGUGAAGCCUUUGUCAAAUCGGGCAAGACCAUUCAACAAUUGGAAACUGAAUUGCUUAAUGGCCAGAAAUUGCAGGGCCCUCUCACUGCCGAAGAAGUUAACUAUAUGUUGAAAAACAAGAAUUUGGAAGAAAAAUUCCCCCUCUUCACCGCCAUUCACAAGAUUUGCUCUGGUUCCCUUAAGCCUCAAGAUUUGAUUGAAUGCAUACGUUGCCAUCCCGAGCACAUAAAAACAUUUGCCACGGAUGUGGGCAAAUUUUCCACUAAAUCGCUGCUACCGACUGCUGUCAAUAAACAUCUUAAUGGUCCAUUAACAAACAACUCGAAAUUGUGUUCCACAACAUUCCAUUCCAACAGCUUUUCACCAUUUAAGCGCAAAUUUUCUAUGGGGAUGAGACCAAAUCUUCCGAUUUCAUACAAUGGACAUUUAAGGAGUUCAUACAAAAUUACUCCAUUGUUGUGUCAAGAUUACACUAUGCUUGGUCAACAAUGCAAAUAUGGAGAUGGGAAAAUUAUGAAAAUUUUACGUUUCACAAAAAUAUGUGAAUAUCAAAUACUACCAGUCAUGGUAGGCUUGAAAAUAUUUAGACUAUUAAAAUAGAAUGUGGCAACAAAUGUUAAUUCAUACUAGGUUAAAUACAUAUGCAUCUUUAAUCUAUCCAUCUAAAGACAUCUUAUACUCAAUGUUUAUACUAAAAUUAAUCCAGUGAAAUAUCAGUUACACCUAAAUUGGAUUUCAUUUAAUAACUUUUCACGGAUUUAAAUCAAGAAAUAAAAUACCUUUGAUAACUGUAUUAAUGAAUAACAUAACCCAGCCCACCUUAUUUGUAUUCCCCAGCUUAUAUAAAUCUUAUACAUUUUGAAAUAAUUUGCAAAUAGAAGCUGUGGUCAAAUGCUAUUUCAAAAGACAUUCUAAAA